AUGAAUGAAGUUCCCGACGGGUUUAAUCUCGUUGGCCCCGACUGCAGCAGCUGGGGCAUGCCAGCAAGAUCCACGAGCAUGCGGUCAAGUAUAAACCCGUUUGGGAGAAUGGGCAUCAGCUGGGUGUCUUCGAACUACGGCUUGGUGAGCAGGCUUGUGCUGCUCCUUCUCCUUAUGCUUGCUCGACAUUGCACUUGGAUGAUAGAGCAGCCCGUUCAUAGCUUGCUGAAGAAGCACCAGAGAUGGCAGUGGAUGACCAACCGGGUUGUCAAGGUUUACGAGCAAACCUUCUGGAUGAUGCUCCACGGUUCGGGAAGCCCCAAAAGAACAAUUGUUCUGUCGCCUAUGGUUACCAUAUCCGAGCUGGACCUUGGACGUCUUACCAAAGCCGAGAAAGCCAAGCGCACCAACAUCAGAACAGUUCGUCGGCACCUUGGCAAAGACGGCAAGAUGAAGUUCACUGGCCGGAAGAAGGAGCUGAAGCAAUCUGGGCACCUGGCCAGUCAUCGUCGGUUGUUGGAGUCGAGGGUUUUCGGGAUUCUGAAUGAGAGGUAG